UUCUGAAAAAAUAAAUAAAUAAAAUAAAACUGUAAGCCAGUGUAAUGAGUUUUAAUUGAGUAACAUGUAGAUCUGUAGCUCCAGCCACAAACAGUGCCAGAUGUUCAUUCAGUUCACUAAAAAGGACCGGUUCAAAAGAGUGAUUCGACUCCAGACCGCUUGCCUGAGGCUCUAUUACAGGGUACCAUGUUCAUGCUGAAGAUCUCCACCUUCCUCGUCGCUUACGCCGCAGUCGUGUGCCAGAUGUCCAGCUCAAACGCUGCCCCAGCGAGACCUGGGUCAGAAUCUCUGACAGACAGAUUUGCGCUCAUGGACUACGAAGCACGAAGAUUACUGAGCGCUAUAGUCAAAAACGUGGUGCAGAUGACAGCGGAGGAGCUGGAGCCGCCGAACGAUGACAGCAGCCAGGGCAGAUUCCUGUCCAAGCGCUGCUCCAAUCUCAGCACCUGCGUGCUGGGCAAACUCUCCCAGGAGCUGCACAAAUUACAAACGUUCCCGCAGACGGACGUGGGCGCCGGUACGCCCGGCAAGAAACGCAGCCUGCUCGAGGGCAAUCAGUUUACGAGCUACGAAGAAACGUUUAACGCCAUCUAACCCUAACUGUGUGCAUGUGGAUCUGCCUGCUUGACUGACCGCACACAAACGGCUGGUUGCACUGGUCUUUCUCCUUCUUUCUUUCUUUCUUUUGGCAGAGAAAGGCAUGUUAAAAGUCUAAUUGAAAUUCUUCCGUGCAUAGUCAAAUUCAGGAAUAGUUUUUUUUGGUGCAUUUUACACAUGCCUCUUGAAUAAGUGAAUACGUGUGUUAUAAAGGUAAAGAUAAUCUAAUGAAAAAAACCCAAAAAACAGUAUGAUUUCUUUAAAGUGUUAAUAAAGUUAUUUUUAUAUCAGGAACUGUUACUUUGUCAAAUUAUUAGCUACAUUCAUUGUCAUGUGCAUGUUAUCAUUGAGUGCCUCUACAAAUACACAUCAAAUGCAUCAAGAUUUCUGCAGGUAAGACGUCUGUGAAUGUGCUCAAAUAAUAAGACUAAAUAACGCUAUGAUUAAUGCAUGAGAGUGAUGUAAAGCCUGCUGUGAGUGUGCUCUGGC